ACAGAGCCCACGCUCUUUGUCUGCAAGGCAGUGCAAAACAACCUCGUAGAGUUAGUUGGAGAUUUGCUAACCCUGCCUGACUUGGUGAGGAAAAACACUAGCCAUGCUGUUAAAUCAAGACCCUGUGAGAAAACUUUGUGGUGGCAGAGGGGCAUUGUAACCAUGUGGCCCAAGGCCUUGGAAAAGACAGUUGCUUGCAGUUCUUCUUUCCAGGCUUCUCUGGAGCAGAGGGACUACAGGAUCCAGUGAACCCCCAGAAGAUUUGGCUGGAAGGGUGCAGCUCUUGUUGAGUUGCUCCUUGGGGUAGCUGGUGGAGCUCUGUUCACAGACGGGAGCACAAACCUCUGCCUGCUACUGGCAGGAAGCCACGAGCUACUCGAACUGACUGAGAUGAGAGGAAUCCACCCGAGGAUAAGCUUUUCCUUUGGAACUGCACCCAGAGCUGCUGGUUACCACUAGAAGCCCACUCCACCAUAUGCACACUGGUUGCUAAAGCACCAUGGUGAGAAGCCGCUGAAGACUUGCCAGGAUGGGGCUGGUGAGUAGCAAGAAGCAGGUCAGCGAGAAGGGCAAGAGCUGGAGCCCCAGGAAGGUCAACACCCCGAGCCAAACUCCCCCACCGCUGCCACCCCAGGUCGUCUUUAACCACCACCCUCUACCUCCUGACCAACACCCAGACCAAGAGGACCAUUUUGUGGUGGCCCUGUACGAUUAUGACGGUGUCAGUGAUCGUGACCUGCAGAUGCUGAAGGGGGAGAAGCUGCAGGUGUUGAAGGAAACUGGAGACUGGUGGCUGGUCAAGUCGCUCAUCACAGGGAGAGAAGGCUACGUGCCCAGAAACUUUGUGGCUCCAGUAAAGACCCUGGAAGUGGAAAAGUGGUUCUUCAGGACGAUCAGUCGAAAAGAGGCUGAGAGGCGGCUACUGGCACCCAUGAACAAGGCCGGCUCCUUCCUCAUCAGAGAGAGUGAGACCAGCAAAGGUGCCUUCUCCCUGUCUGUGAAGGAUGUCACCAGCCAGGGAGAGAUAGUCAAGCACUAUAAGAUCCGCUCCCUGGACGAAGGGGGCUAUUACAUCUCUCCCCGGAUCACCUUCCCCUCCCUCCAGGCUCUGGUGCAGCACUAUUCUAAUAAAGGUGAUGGUCUGUGCCAGAGGCUAACCCUGCCCUGUGUGAGCCUGGCCUUGCAGAACCCCUGGGCCCAGGAUGAAUGGGAAAUUCCCCGGCAGUCUCUCAAGCUAGUCAGGAAACUUGGAUCUGGGCAGUUUGGUGAAGUCUGGAUGGGUUACUACAAGAACAAUGUGAAGGUGGCCAUCAAGACCUUGAAGGAGGGAACCAUGUCUCCGGAAGCCUUCCUGGGUGAGGCCAACCUGAUGAAAACCCUGCAGCAUGAGAGGCUGGUCCGGCUGUACGCUGUGGUCACCAGGGAGCCCAUCUACAUCGUCACUGAGUACAUGGCCAGAGGAUGUUUGCUGGAUUUCUUGAAGACAGAUGAAGGCAGCAGAUUGUCCCUCCCAAGACUGAUUGACAUGUCAGCGCAGAUUGCUGAAGGAAUGGCAUACAUCGAGCGCAUGAAUUCCAUCCACCGUGACCUGAGAGCAGCCAACAUCUUGGUGUCUGAGACCUUGUGCUGCAAAAUUGCGGAUUUUGGCUUGGCCAGGAUUGUUGACAGUGAAUACACUGCCCAAGAGGGAGCCAAGUUUCCCAUCAAGUGGACAGCCCCAGAGGCCAUCCAGUUCGGGGUGUUCACCAUCAAGGCCGACGUGUGGUCAUUUGGAAUCCUCCUGAUGGAAAUUGUCACCUACGGGCGGGUGCCAUACCCAGGCAUGAGCAACCCCGAGGUCAUCCGCAGCCUGGAGCGGGGCUACCGCAUGCCGCGCCCGGACACCUGCCCGCCCGAGCUCUACCGCGACGUCAUCGCCGAGUGCUGGCGCUGCCGGCCCGAGGAGCGGCCCACCUUCGAGUUCCUGCAGUCGGUGCUCGAGGACUUCUACACGGCCACCGAGGGCCAGUACGAGCUGCAGCCCUAGGAGGGGACAGCCUGGGCUUGGGGACCAUCGCUGAUGGCAUUUCAGGAGGGCACGGACUCUGCGUCCAGCGCCGAGGAGCAGUCCACCCUUCGCUGGCGGUGUGCCCUGGGCAAGUUGCUUAGCCUCUCUGUGCCUCCAUUCCUCAUCUGUGAAAGGACGAGGACCGUCUUCGCACUCACCUCCUUCGCUUAUGGUCCUGCCGGGUCAGGUGCUCAGAGCAGCGCCUGACGCACUGUUAGGUGACGAUCGGCAGGUGACAGGUGGCUAGGGUCUUUCUGCUCUGACCUGCGGGGGCCUCGGCCGCGAGAUGCUUCUGUCCGCUGCCCCAGAACCAGGCCGAGGUCCUUUGAGA